AAAUUUUGAAAAUAAAACCAUUUGUUUUGAAACAAUACCUGCUUAACAUUGUUCAUUGCACAACUAAUGAAAUUUAAAAUGUAUCUUCUUUUCGGGUUUUCUCGGUCAAAAAUUGUUUUCUAAGUUUAAAAAUCAAAUAUGAAUUUGGAAACCUGCAAAUAAUUUUUAAAAACGACUAUUUGGUAUAGAGAUAAACCAUAAUGUAGAAUUCUGUUUAGUUACACAUUUCAUAAUUUUAUUUGUUUAAAGAAGCUUCUUUGUCUUGACGAGGGAAAUGUCAUUUUAUAAACACAUUGGUUUCAAUUUAAGCUAUAUUGGUAGGUGUUUUCAAUUGGCAAGAUACAAAUAUACAAGUUGUAAAUUCUAUGGAAGAAGUAACCCACUGAAGCUAACAUUUCCAUGUCAACAUGUGUAUAGGAGAUAUUGUUUUCAGUCUUUUAAAGAUGAUAGUGAUAGUGAUACCGAAGAAGUUGAAUUUAAAAGAAAUAUAAAAUCAUUAAUAUUACCCGAGGAAGAUGAUCCAUUAAUAGCAAAAAUAUGUGAAAGUAAUUCUGUGCAAGAAAUAUUUGAUUUAAUUCGUAUUAACGAAGAACAACUUAAUUGGAAAAAUAUUUCAAUGGCAUUAGCUAUGAUCAGGGAACUUCAAAUUAUAUAUUUUCGAGUUUAUAUGUACGAAAAGAACUUAAAUUGUUCAGAAUUGAGUUCUAAGGAAAAUUUUGAAAAUAUAUUGACUAAUCCUGAAUUUAUAAAAAUAUUAAAUUUACUAGAAGAAAAUUAUGAACAAAUGAACAAUCAAUGUUUAUCAUACUGCGUAUUGUGUUUGUACAAAUUAGGAGUAGAAACAUAUUUUCAAACUUAUGAAAAACUUAUUCAUAGACUUAAAAAUGUAUUAAUAUCAACUCCUGUUGAAGAAAUAAAUACUUGCAUAUUAUCAAGGUACACAGUAGCCAUCGUUAGCCGUAGAGAUUUAUCAAGUGUGUUUAUGCUCAAAGAUAUUUGGCCAAUCAUUUUAAAAAAACUUUACAAAUGCGAUUCGUAUGAAGAUUUAAGACAUUUAUCAAUAUGUUUGUACAAUUUACAAUGGUUUUUAAAUAAAUCCAUAAUGGAUAUUUAUGCUGAAAAAGUAAAAGAAAUUUUACUGAAUGAUUCACAAGAAGAUGACAAAAUAAAAUGUACCGUAAAGUCAUUAAGACUAUUGAACAGCCCUUACUGGUCUAAUCAAAAUAUCUAUCUCAUUAGAACUUUGUUACUACAGCUAUGUGGUGCCAUUAAAAACAUAGCUCUUUAUGACUUGAUUCAACUACAAAUGGUUAUUUUAAAACAGUUGGAACCAUACGAGUUAUUUGAUGAAAUCCAUAAAGUAACAACAAACUGGCUGUCCAAAUCUGAGGCUGAAAUUGAUAUCACUCUUCUGCGCCUAUUAUCUUGCAUAGUUCCAUCAGCAACACCAGUGCGUCGAAAAAAAAUUGAGGCGUUAUUAAGAAAGCAAUUUUUAUUAGAAAAUAAUGUUUUCGCCCAAGCGUGUGUAGGGCCAUUGUUUAAUAUUAUCAGGAAUUUAAAAACAUCUGAUACAAAAAUUUGCCAUGCAUAUUGGUCUAGUGUCCUUAAUUGCUUACAAACUGGCGAACCUACUCUCCGAGAACCUCACAAGCUAUUAAGAUUAUGCAACAGGUACAUGCAUUUUAAUAACAAUAUGGCUGGAACAUAUAGACAUUAUGCUUUUGAAAAUCAAAUGAUUUUGUGGUUGAACAAUGAGUUAGAAAAAGGACUAUCUGCUCAUGUUCCAUCUAGGUUCAGUAAAAUUUUUGCAUUUUUCGUUAGCUACCCUAAUGAGAUAAUUGGAAAUGAAAUUCCAGAAAAAUUUGUUAGAAAUGUUCUCAAUAAUCUGGGACAAUACAAUGUAUAUGAUUGCUAUAUAGUUAGCCGAGGUCUUCAUACAGCAUUAUUUAUUCGGAAAAAAAAAUGCUUACUGCCCAAAUUUUUAGAUCAAUAUGUUAGAUUGGGUACAGCAUUAAAUAAACGAUCACUAGAAUUACUUAGUCAGAACGAUGAUUUAAAUAUUAAUCAAUUAAAUGCUAUGUUUCGAGGAUACAAUAAUAGAUACAAUGUUGGUGAUCCUGAACUUUUUUAUAAGUUACUCGAUAAGUUCAAAAAGUUCACUUCCAAUGAUUUUUCAUCACGUUCUGUAAGAGAACUUACAUAUAAUUUGUCUAUUUCUGAUUGGUAUGACCGUGAAUUAAUGAAUUCAUGUGCAGAAUAUUGUUUAAAUAAUCACAAGUAUAUUUUAGCCGAUAAUGUUGAAAAACUAUUGACUCUUUUUUAUACACUUGGAGUUCAUGAUGAAAAGUUUUUAGAAUUUCUUCCAUAUGGAGCUGAAAUAAUAAAUAGGGAUAAACAUAAAAUGUCUGGGCUCAAUUUCAUGAAGGCUUCAUUGGCUCUGUGUUAUUUUCACACCUUGCCUUCAUCUAUUACAAACUAUUUAUUUAGUGUUGAAUUUUUAGAAAGAUUAGAUGAUGAAUUAAAUAACUGUUAUGCCAAGGCAGUGUUUCCUCAGAAAGUAAGACAACUUCUAAUGGUACUAAAUAGAGCUGUGUGUCUAGAUUAUCCUGAACUUGAAGUUCCCUGGUUCCAUACAAAGUAUUGUGAAGAAAUACAAUCUUUAGUGUCUAGGAAUACAUCAUCUUUUUAUUCAGAUGUUGAACAAAGAUUAAAGCAUUUGAUAAAAAACAAUGGUUUUAUAAGAACAAAUUCGUAUUCUCCAUAUAGUUACAAGUUAGACUUUGAAAUAAAUCUGAAAACAGACGAUGUUUCCAGUGAGGCAACUAACAACAAUAAGUUAGCUUUGAUGCUGUUAAAUGAAAAUGAUUUACGAAAAAAUGACAAUGAGUUAAGAGGAUACUUCAUGAUGAAAAAAAGGCAUUUAGAAAUACUCGGUUACAAAGUUAUCUGGAUUAAAAAGAACAUAUGGAACUCAAUGUUUAUGUCUGAACCAGAUGCUAAAAUGUCAUACCUUAGAAAUUUAAUUUGGCCUAAGGAGAAAUAGACUAUUUUGAUUAAAUUAACUAAUGAUAUUGCAGAUGAUGCUAUUUGAUUUUUAGUUAUAUUUCUUUUUUAAAUAGUUCCUACCAGACAUCUUGAAUCAAUAGAAAUAUAAUUGUUUUAAGCUCUCUUCUUAAUGAUGUGUUAGUAAUUAUUAAAAAAUUAUUAUAAUUUUAUAUGGGAGUGUAACACACUCAGUAUAUUUAAGUAAAAUAACCAUGCCUGUUAUUGUUAGCUGUUGAUAUAAUAUACAUUUGUUUGUUUUG